GUUUCUGCUCUUCUUCUUUCCCGUCCCCUGCAACUUCCCGAAAGCCCCUCCAAGCCGCCAGCACCAGCCUUGAGAAACCUGUAGGAAAAGCUUGGUUUUGCCUUCCUUUUCUUGUUCAAAAACCAAAUUUGGAGCCUUGAAACCUUCCCCCCUCUCUGCAGAAAUUCGGAUCUGCCUUGCUCUGCUCCUCACCGUCGGCUGCUCCUGCUUUGUGGGGGUGAAUUGCUUUGAUUUUCUGAUUGCGUGAAUUGCCCCUACACUUGCCGCCGGCUUCUGCCCCUGCCAAGUCCGGUUCUGCAGCUGGAAAUUCUGGUAUGUUGACAGCUCCUCCAAGCUUGAAAUCUCGUUAAUUGGUUGCUGAAUUUUGUCCAUUUAAUUUGCUGCCUUGUGAUGUCCGAAUUUGGCUGAAAAAUGGGGAUGAAUUUCGGUAACUUAAGUUAUGUUUUAAGCUUGGUUUAGGUAGAGAAAUUAGCUUGAUUAUGGGUGCUGUGAUUUUUGGAGAAAAUCCCGUGAGAAUAGGCUAUGGUUUUGCCAAUUUUGGAAGUUGGAGUACUGUUCAUGCGUGAUUACUGUUCACCGGCACUGUUUAUGGGUACUGUUUACCGGCACUGUUCACGCACUGAUGGCCAACAAUUAACGGGGAUUAAAUGUUUAGUUUGUGAUACAAGAACAAAUGUGGAGAUUGAUAGAAAUAGCAUUGUGAUUAGGGGUAAUCCUAAUGAUGAUUUCAGUUUGAAUUUGUGAUAGUACAGUAUUAAUUCUGGGGUAUUUUGAUUAGGUUCUUGAUCAUUCUGUCAGUUUAGCACUAAGAUCGAGUCUUCGAUUUUAUGCGAAUUGAGCCUGUUUUGUCUCUGAUGUGGUCAUGUUAUUAAUGACCCUGCUAGUGGGGGUUAAACGCUAGCACAUGUCGACAUGUUAGUGAUAAAGCCGGUUUGUACGAGUGACCUUGCUAGUGGGGAUUAUACACCAGCAAAUAGUGUGUCUACCAGUGGGAGGUUUAUAACACUGGCCAUGACCUAUAGAGGAGAUGUCUAUUUCAUUCUCAUAUUGUAUCCGUUUUUCAUGAUUACACUUGUUGGCAUGCUAUAAAUUUAAUUAAGAGCUAUUCAUAUUUUACUUACUGAGUUUAUCUCAUAGUUUUUCCUUGUCCACUAUUUCAGGAAGUGAAACCGAGGACGGGGAAAUCACGGGCAGUGACGAGUUAGAAGGCUAGCCAUAUUGUAAUUGGAUAUGAAAUUUUAGAUAUAAAUCAUGAUUUUGUAAGCUAGAGUGUAUUUGGAGAUUUUAUGAUAUGAGAACCAAUUUUAUAAUUUUUACUUCAGAUUUUGUGAUUUCCUAUUGAAAGACUUGUUGUUGGCCGCCUAUCCCUUGCCCUUUUGGUCUUGAGUCUCCAUCUUCUGUUCCUCCAUAUCUUACUCAAUUAUUUAAGCUAUGGCUAAGACUUCAUCAUAGGUCUUUAGCAUUUAAGGAACCACCUUGUUCCCAAUGGAAGCUUUCAACCCUUUUUGAAACUUCCUUGCCUUCCUAGCUUCAUCAUUAACAAAGUAAGGAGCAAACUUCAGAAGAGAAUUGAACUUAGCUUGAUAUUCAUCAACAAUCAUGUCAUCUUGCUUCAAGUUCAUAAACUCUAGUUCUUUCCUCUCUAAAAUAGCUUCAGAAAAAUAUUUUUGAUAAAAGGCCCAAACAAACUUGUCCCAUUUGAUCUCCUCCCCUGUCUUAGUGAACCCAUCUUGAACACCUAUCCACCAAUCAUUAGCUUCACCCUCUAAUUAAUGUGAAUAUUGCCAACUCCACUUUUUGCUCAUCAGUACACUUCAAGAGCUUGAACAUCUUUUCUAGUUUUUUAACCUAAGACUCAGCCACAUUGGGAUUAGGAACUCCCUUGAAGUUGGACCCGAUUUUGCUCUUCUUCUCGCUGCAGCGACCCGAGGAAAAAAAAAAAGGGAAACCCAACCAUGCUUGGAAAAUUGGUAAGGAAGCUUGGUAUUUUCCCCUUCCUUUCUUGUUCUAGAACCCAUAAAGAACCCAGAAAUUUUCCCUCCCUCUCUGCAGAAACCGGAUCUGCUCUGCUUUGCUCUGUCCGCCGGCUGCUCUUGUUGUGGGGGCGAAUUGCUUGGGUUUUGGGUAAGAAACAGCCAUUAAAUCCCUUUGUUUUUCCUUGAAGUGGUUUGGGUUUACUUUAAUUGCUCUUGUUCCUCCAAUUUUUGGGUAAAUCCGUGAGUUUCUCCCCUGCACUGCCGCCGGCUUCUUCCCUUGCCAAGUCCGGUUCUGCAACUGGAAAAUUUAUGGUUCCCGAUCGUUCUGUCAGUUAGUGUGUGAAUUGAGUGCUCGGUUUUAUGCAAGUGAGGUAAGUAAAUUUAUGGUAAUGCCCGUACUGUUUUAAAAGCAUGUUUUGAUUUGUUUUGAAACUUGUUACAUGAAUAGAAUUUUUGUGUGCUCUUUUGCCACAAUUGUGAAAUCUGAGGAGUUGUAGAGAUCUUUUGUUAUUGACUCUGUUUGUCUCUACAGCAUAGCUGGUUGAGAAAUUUGUUGUUUGUCACAUGACUAGUGGAGGAUGGGCAACCCUCUACUUUGUAAGAGAUUCAAGGCUAUUUUAGCAAGUGUUGUGUGUUUUCUAGCUGUGUUUUAGGAGCUGGAUUGCUUGGUAAUUCCGUUGCUCCUUAUCUUCUGAAAGUCUUAUAGUGAAGUUUCACUUUUUUUCAUUUGGAACUUCAUGGUCUUUUCAUGUGGCUCAUUUUUCUAUAUUGGUUAAUCAAGAGCAGUGAUCAUU